CGUUGAUUCACUCCGUAUCUCGCUAAUGAGUAUUGCUUGAUAUCACUCGUCUUUUCAUAGACUAUAAGAACGGGUUUUUCCUCGCAAGAUAAAGUUGUUGAUGUUUAUGGAAUCGCACAUCGCUUUGAUAUUUCAUUCAUGUUCUGAAUUUCAAACCAGUAUAAAACAGAAUGUGUCUCGACAAUAUCAUUCUUUGCUAUACUUGCUAUACAUAGAAUCAAGUGGUUUCCAAAAAAAACUGAAGGAUAUAAAGGAUAGAAUUCUUAGUUGGUAUUGAUGAAUUAAUUUGACUAUAAUACCUACCAUAUUACAAAAAAUAUGUACAUUUGCGGCCUAUUAGUUUUCUUGGCAUGUUAUUUUACCUCAGGAGUGCUGACCCAAGACAUCCCAGUGUCACAACAAUGUUUAGGUUGCAUAUGUGAAGCUGCUUCUUCCUGCAAUAUCACAGAACAUUGUUCAGGUAAGGUAUGCGGCCCGUUCAGUAUAACAAUGGAAUACUGGACCGAUUCAGGCAAGCCAACAAUCAAUGGUGAAUCUCCCAAUUCAUCUAAAGCAUUCGCAAACUGUGCUAGUGACAAGUACUGUUCAAUUCUUUCUAUCCAGGGAUACAUGAACAAAUUCCAACAGGAUUGUGAUGAAGAUGGAGAAAUAGAUUGCGACGACUUCACUAUAAUACACCUAAAUGGUGGUUAUCAUUGUAAGGGACUACGAAUGCCUGAGCCGUAUGGAAAACUUUACAGAAAAUGCAAGAAGAGAGUUGGACUAUUCGAGCUUUGAAUUUAUUAUUUUAUUUCAUACUGUAUUGUAGAACAUACUUUCACAUACUCGAUUUUAUUCCGGUGAAUAACUCAUUAUAGUAUUUGUAGUAAUAUGACCCUGUAUCUUCAAUAGAUGAUGGAAAGUCAGUCUGAAGCAGUCGUACAGGAGACACGUCAGUCGACUAGCCGAUACAAUUUCAAGCAGAAUACGAUUCAGACAAGCCUUGUUACAUACAUAAAUAUAUGAAAUUCGAGUACAUUUAUACUUCCCCAUUCGUUGCGAUAGUGUUCACCUACUACCAAUGUGUAAUGAGAAACAUUACGACACUGAUUUCAGUUUCGUAUACUUUACCGCACUAGUGCUGUCAAGUGUUACUUUGCUGCACUGGUGCGAUAUUUUGAAGGAAUAAUUUCGAUCUCUAGUAUUUUUACUCAAAGAAAGAAGAAAUAUGAACUAAUUGAUCAUAAAUAUACCAGGUACUGAA